UUUGUAACCUAUUUACAGAGUGGCAAAUACCUAGGAACCUACCUAAAUAGAAUUGAUUACGAUCUGAGUGAGAUUGGGUUUGAGAAAUAUUACUUUUGUGUAGCUACCUACAUUUAGACAAUUAGUUUAUUCCUUUGGUCUAAUUUUCUUAUUUUUACAAGCCUAUAUAUUUAUUCUUUUUUUAAAAAAAUCUUGGUCACACAUAAAACAUCUGAUUAAAAGAAUUUGUCAAAUUAAAAUUGUCAACAUUUAGAAAAAUCAGUAGAAAAUUUUAAACGAAAUAGUCUCUAAGUCUUGGUCGCAUAUAAAUUUAUUUUGCAAAUACCAGUUUCACCCCAUUGUUACAAAUAUGGUCCGGAUUACUCACGUUCUUUCCCGAGUUCCUGUAAUAAAAUUCCGCAAGGGCGGCGUUGGCCAUUCUGGUGGUGCGCCUGCUGCCGCAGCACCUGCCGCCGCUGCUCCCGCAUCUGCCCCCGCAGCGGCCCAAGCUCAACCAGCUGCUUCCAUGAGCACCGGAGCCAUCCCCGACAUUGACCUGCCAUUGCGGUACAGGAGACAACCACUAUCAGAUGAAGAGAUUGAUCACAUCAAUGGAGGCGGAAUUGUGUAGUCCUUCAGCUUAAAAAUUGUAGAUGCAUUAUUCACGUAGAACUUGAAUAAUGAUUGCAGUAUUUACUUAGUUCUGUGUUUGAUUUACUGUAUGUGAUGUUGCUGAUAUUAACUUAAUGUACACACUUUGAACUCUUUAAUGUUAUUGUUGUCUUAGUAAAUAUUUAUAGUUAUUUUCAGUGUAUGUAGAGAAAUGCCUGUGAAUGGCAUAUAUUAAAUUAUUUCGUAUUUUAAA